AUGGCUAAUUUGAAUCCCGUUGAUUCAUUUGCUAAUUUUGACGAGAAUAGGCUAAUGAAGUUGGCCGGGUAUUACAAAAGUGAGUUUGGUGAUAACCAACUUCGAGAUCUCAGUUACCAGCUUGAUAGUUUCAUUGUGUAUGCUCGGCAGUGUGAUAGCAAGUUUCUCAACUUGAAGGGGAUUAAGGAUCUUGCUAUUGUGAUGGCAAAAAUAAAAUUGGAUCAAACUUGGUCUCUUGUUCAUUUACUUGUGAAGCUGACAUUGAUUUUACAUGCUGCUACUGCAAGUGUGGAAAGAGCAUUUUCCUCAAUGAAGCUCAUAAAAAAUGAUCUACGCAAUCGCGUUGGUGAAGAAUUUCUAAAUGGUUGUUUAGUUUGUAAGAUAGAGCGUAAGGUAUUUGCAACUAUAAGCAAUGAUGCGAUUAUGGAUCGUUUUCAAAGGAUGAAGCCUCGUCGAGUACAAUUGUAA